GUUUUCUAUUUGAUAUAGCAGGAUAAUAGGCUCAGUGUGUCUGACUCUCCCCAACUUGAAAAUAUCAGACAAACGCCUUAGAGAAGAAUCUGAAGACAGAGCCCUUCAAACGUUUCUAAUAUGUACAGUAAAAAUAUGGAUUCAUUAACUAGUUUUCCUCAACUCAACAACGUGAGAACACGCCUUAGGAAAGACUCUGAAAACACGGUCGUUCAAAUGGAAGAACUUCAGCUGUUUGAAUGUCUCGCAAACAGUAUCGAAUUCACCUUAUCCAGACUACCAGAUCGUAACAAUGGCACGGACAAAGCUGAAGUAUCAAACACUAUCAGAUAUUACAAAACAUCAGAAAAUAUAAAGACAAGAGUGGUAGACCUCCUUAAGAAACACCCGAAACAGUUACAGCCUGUAUUUAAUAUACUUGUAGAUAAUGUGCAUAUGCAAGACGAACCGAAAGACCACGGAGAGCGGAUGUAUGACAUGGUCAUCAAAGACUGUAGAAUGGGGUACAACUAUCAGAUUUACGUUAAAUUAUUUCUCUAUGCAGCUGCUACUUGCAUAAACACCCCGUUUUACAUAUUAGAAAUAAAUGAAAUCGGAGAUUUACAAUGGGCAUACUAUCAACCGUUAUUCAGGUAUGAAGAACAACCAAGGUGUGUCAUAAAGUAUUUAACGAUGUACAUGUCACCAAUGAAGACUUUCUUCAGAAUUGAGCAUCAUGAUAUUUCGGCUCCAGCACCAAUAGCAACUGGUCUUCUUGGAAUGUACUUGAAGAUGUUAAAAGGCAGAACAAUACGUGCUAUAGAUGUACCAAAUGUUUUACUGGACUUGCCUGCUGAAUCAAAAUUCCAGCUAUGUGGUAGCUGCAAUACAGAUAUUGUUCGGCAAUGCUGCGAAUUGUUUAGGGUACUUGGACUAAUACAGAUGGAAGACUUUCGUAGCAUGACUGUACACAGGGCUUCUAAGGACACAUUUCAACGUCUUGGUGCGAACUCACCAGAUGCAUUUCAAAUUGUGUGUCAGGUUGUGAUCAGUCGUCGGGAGAAGACUAUUCUUGCACCAUUCGUAGGGAGAUGGGAAUCAUUCGUGUCCUCGUGUAAUUAUUUGAGGCAGUUUCAAGCUCUUGUUGCCCUUGAUAGUGCCGUUUAUGAUAGAAACGUCGCAGUUAUAGCUUUUGGAAAUUCCUGUCUGAUAGGAGGUAGAGAAUUCGACGAGAGAAGGAAAAAGGUAACUACUGCAGUGAUCUCAAGUUCUUCGUUUGGAAUUGUAUCGGGUGGACUCAUCAUUGCUGGGAUUGUCCUAGCACCAGUUAGUUUUGGAACUUCGUUAGGUCUUAGUAUUGCAGGAGGGGCUAUAGGUAUUGGUGCAGGUGCUACAGCAGGUACAGCUAGGACAGUUGAAGCUGUCAAACGAAACAAAACAAUGAAAUUGAUAAAGACACAACAAGCCCAGAUGCAUAAGAAGGAAAAGGAUGUGGCAGACUCAAUGCGGGACGUAGAAAAUCUAUUCCAGGUAUUUGUUAGAAAUGAACAAGAUGCAGAAAAUGAAGAACUGGAAAGGAGCUGGCGUGGAUUUCUUGCUGUUGGUUCAGCACUGAGAGCUACCCACGGAGGAUUUGGUAUAGGCCUUGCAGCAGCUCAAAUGACUGCUUCAGCAGCUACACUUUCUGCCGCUGUUUUAGGACCUUUGUCUCUGGUAUUAGAUAUCGCUUUCCUUACAGAAGCCGCAUAUAAUAAGGCAAAAGGCGAUAAAACAAACACAGGAGAAAUUUUACAGAGCAUAGCAGAAACGAUGGGAACCAAAUCUAAAAUAUUCAACAGUAUCCUGCGUGGAAACUUUGAUGUGGGUAGUAAAAUGUUUAAAGAUAAUUAAGUUAUACGUAAGCGCCAAUAUUCUAAAAUUAUUGCUUUGUAUGGGUUACGAUUAUAGCACACCUUCUUAGUCUAAAUGACUAGGGUCAGCUGUUGGAACAAGUAGUGUCUGUCUGUCUGUCGAUAAGUCACUAUUUCUAAGAAAGCGACCACAUUUAGCUGUAAGCAUGUUCUAGUUAUUUGGAUUGAAAUGAUAAUUCUGACGACUUGAGAUUUUGUAGACAGGAUCUUCAGGGGUCUACAGGCAUUUUGAUCAAAUAUUUCGUUUUUUUAGAACUAAAUUAAACCAAAUUUGGCAGUAAGCAUUGUGUAGUACUAGGAAUUCAAAACUGUUGUACAAGUGAUGCCACUAGUCCCUUUGGGUCCGAAAUGUAAAGUCUCCGCAUAAAUUUCGUUGCUCUUAUGGUCUGAAUUGACAAUUAUACAUAUGCCAUCCCUGGCCCUUCUUGAAGCCAGAAGUCGUAGUCCCUAAGGUGUAAUAGGGAAAAUUUUCCUCUAAGCCAAUUCUUCUCCAACACCUCUUGAUAGUAUUCAACAAAUAUUUGGAUAUAUCUCUAUAAGAUAUAAAUAUUUCAUUGUAUAUAUAUUUAAUGUAAAUAUCUGUCGUUAAG